GCCCGGGGGGCCCGGCCAUGGCCGGCCGGGGGUGCGGCUGCAGCGGCUGCCCGGGCUACCUGAACGAGGACAACGCGCGCUUCUUGCUGCUCGCCGCGCUCAUCGUGCUCUACCUGCUGGGCGGCGCCGCCGUCUUCUCGGCGCUGGAGCUGGCGCAGGAGCGCCAGGCCAAGCAGCGCUGGGAGGAGCGCCUGGCCAACUUCAGCCGCAGCCACAACCUGAGCCGCGACGAGCUGCGCGACUUCCUCCGCCACUAUGAGAAGGCCACCGAAGCCGGCAUCCGCGUGGACAGCGCCCGCCCGCGCUGGGACUUCACUGGCGCCUUCUACUUCGUGGGCACGGUCGUGUCCACUAUAGGAUUUGGGAUGACAACUCCAGUGACAGUGGGAGGAAAAAUCUUCCUGAUCUUCUAUGGCCUCAUUGGCUGUGCCAGCACCAUCUUGUUCUUCAACCUCUUCCUAGAGCGCCUGAUCACCGUCAUCGCCUACAUCAUGAAGUCCUGUCACCAGCGGCAGCUCCAGCGACGAGGGGCCCUGCCCCAGGAGAGCACGAGUAACCCGGGGAAGAGGCAGGCGGACAGCCUGGCCGGCUGGAAGCCGUCCGUGUACUAUGUCAUGCUGAUCCUGUGCCUGGCCUCCCUCCUCAUCUCCUGCUGUGCCUCUGCCAUGUACACCUCCUUCGAAGGGUGGAGCUACUUAGACUCGCUCUACUUCUGCUUUGUGGCCUUCAGCACCAUUGGCUUCGGGGACCUAGUCAGCAGCCAGAGCGCCCAGUAUGACAGCCAAGGCCUCUACCACGUUGCCAACUUUGUCUUCAUCCUCAUGGGCGUCUGCUGCAUCUACUCUCUGUUCAACGUCAUCUCCAUCCUCAUCAAACAGUCCAUGAACUGGAUCCUAAGGAAGAUGGACAGCAGGUGCUGCCAGCUGUGCCAGAGAGGGUUCUUGCAGUCCCGGAGGAACGUGGUCAUGCCUGGCCACGUCCAGAACCGGGGCAACCUCUCCAUAGACACGGACGGGGUGAUGGAGAGUGACACAGAUGGGCGGCGGCUCUCUGGGGAGAUGAUCUCCAUGAAGGACUUCUUGGUAGCCAACAAGGUCUCGCUGGCCAUCCUCCAGAAGCAGUUGUCAGAAACAGCCAAUGGCUGCCCCCACCAGGCCAGCACCCUGCCCCGGGACAAUGAAUUCUCUGGGGGGGUGGGCGCCUUUGCCAUAAUGAACAACAGGCUGGUAGAGACGAGUGGGGACAGGUAGGAGCAAGGGGUGGGAGCUGGGCAUGGAGGACUCAGGAGCGUGG